AUGACCUCUGCCGGCGAUCUCGCUCCUGGGCCGUUUGCUCACUUUCCGCUGCGAGAAGACGAGGUCACCGUCUGCCGCGAAGAGGUGCUCGGGUGCCGGCAAGGACGCCUCGCCAACUGCUUUGUCGUUGCUGCCAUCCACGCCAUUGCUGCUGCUGCGCCUGAUCUCGUGCCAAAGGCUCAUGUCGAUGAUCAUGAAGGAACAAUCGCCUUUGUUCUGCACAUCGGCGAGGAGAUGAUGCCCACUCGAGUGGUCGUCGACGACACGCUGCCUGUCGACGACUCGGGCGCACUGCGGUUCAUGUCCUCCUCCUCUUCGCCCAUGCUGCCGCUGCUAGAAAAGGCCUUGGCCGCGCGGUAUGGAUCGUACAACGCACUUCAGGGCGGAAAGAUCUCCGAGGCUUUCGCGGACAUGCUCGGUCUUCCUGUCGUCACCAUCCGGCUCUCGCCGGCGUCCAAGCUCGCCUCCAUCGCCGCCGCCGCCGCCCUGUUUGCCGCCGGCUGCCCCAUCGGCCUCUACCGAUCCUCGCGCAACGUGACCGAAGAGAAGCUCUCACCGCUGCCUCGUGGGAUGGAUGUGCUUGACGACCACGCGUACGCGGUCAUUGCCGUGGCCGACAACGCCGUGUGCGUCCUCAAUCCACACGUCGACCGCCCGCCCAAGCGCAAGACGUCGUCGGCCCGUCCUGCACCGCCCGGCGCGUCGUGGAUCACGCUCAAGACCGUCAUCCGCAGCUUCACUCGCAUGGUCAUCGCUCGCGCUGAUGCGCGCGUCCACGAUGUUGUCACGGGCGAGUUUGAAAGAGCAGACGGCGUCAGCACGACACGGAUGCCAUCCCAGCGGCGCUCGACGCUGCGAGCCUACCAGCUGGCUCGCACAAGCCGCGAAGGAGCAAAGCUCCGUGUCAUCGCCUCGCUCACCGUCCCACACUCGCCAUCGGCCAGCUAUCCGCCGAUUGGGAUAGAGGCGCUGGUGCCGACGGCAGGCGCAACGGCCGAGCGAGAUGCCGCUUGUGGCGAGGCCUCGCCGUGGCUUGGUGCAGCGCUGGCGUACCAGCGGCUGGCAGUCUCGCCGUACAGCAACUCGCGCGAAGCCAGUCUCGUCUUUUCGAUGCCUGCCUCCAGCCCGGUCUUUCUUCAGCCAGCGAUGUACGAUGGGCAACUGAGCGGCAGCUACGCGCUCACGGUGGCAACAGUGGGUGAUGGUGACGACGACGGCGUCGCGCCGGUGACCAUGACUGUCGUCGACCAUCCUCUUCACGACGACUGGCCAUCACGCGCCGCGAUUGAUGGAGCGUGGAAGCCGGGAGCGUCCGGCGCCGUCUGCACUCCCUGCUUUGCUCUCGACAUCCCAGCUGAUGGAGCCGUCGUCCACCUUGGCCUCCAUCCGAUCGAGUACAAGGCGAAGAAGAAGGCUGCGGUGCCACGCAAGGCGUCGGCGAUUGCCAUCCUGCCAGGCAGGACGGUGCCGUCAGGGGCGGCGUGCUUGAGCGAGUCACUAGUUGCAACUACGUUUACCAACGCCAGGACGGUUGCGACGACGGUGAUGCUAGCUGCAGGCUCGUACGUGGUUGUGCCGCGGGUGAUGGGCGCGCACGUCGCCGGCAAGUUCACUCUGCAUCUCUGCUCCAAGGUCGCAGGCGUUGAGCUGGAGCUUCUCGACGCGUUCAUCGACCAUGGCCGGGCAGGUGCCGGCGGCGGAGCGGGUGGUGGGGGCGGGGCGCUGGCGGCGGCGGCAGCAGUGACGACUGGCGCUGGGCCUUCUGGAAUGGGCUCGCUCUAUGCCGGACUGGAAUGA